AAAGGGAACCAGGAAGCAGAAAUUUGUUCUGGAUCGUUCUCGUCGUUGAACGAGGAUUAUUCUUCAGUGAAACAUUAUAAUGAAGAUACUGUCUGAAAGGCCAUACAUCUUAGUGUUGUAGAUAUUUAACAGUGUUGCCAGGGGGUCAUCAUGGAUUCGGAGAUGGUAGCACAGCAGGGAGUCCUCAGGCCUGAGGGGCGUGGAGCCUCUGUGCACGGCACCGAGCCUGAGGAAGAAGACGAUGACGAAUACAUGUCCUUGGACCGAGAGUCACUGGACCUGGACUUCAAGUGUGACAUCUCGCGAGCAGCAUCACCUGCACCAAGCUACCUGUCCAUGGCGAGUGACGGCAUGGAUACCGGCGAAUCGGGCAUCGAGACGGAUGCAAGCCAACCUGGGAUUGAGCUGGAGAGGCCGAACUCUUCAGUGUCCAGCAUCUACUCCCUGGAGAGCGACGAGGGAGCGGAUGACGAUCUCAAGCCUGAACUGGCGCUUGAGAGGAGAUCGAAGAACCAAAAAAUCAGCGCUGCCAAACCGGAGCUUUACAUCCACCCCGACUACAAGAGGCACCCAGCUCUGACCGUGAAGUUCAUGCUGAAGUUACUUCCGCAGCUCCUGAAGCAGCUGAAUGAGGCGCAGCUGAGGUUCUUCAAGAAGUACCUGUGGGAGCGCUACCCCGAGUUCUUCAGGGACCCCCUGGACGUGCUGGACAUCCUGGACGUGUCGGACAAGAUGGUGGAGUGCUGCGACCUGGAGAGAGCCAUCAACAUCACCAGGCACAUCCUGCUCUACAUGCAGGCCAACCGCAUCGCGCACUACAUGGACCAGCACCUCCACCGCAAUGAAGUGCGCUACGCCCUAAAGCAGGAGCUGAAGGCCAAGUAUGGAAAGAUGUACGAGGGCGGCGUCGAGAACGUCACCACCGUAGACUUUGAGUCGGCCUACACGGAGCUCUUCAUGACAGAAGGGCGCUUCGCGGGCGCCAACCUCCAACACGAGUUACGAGGAGAGGUGGAGAAGCUGAGGCUAGAGGCUCGCUCACUCAACAAGAUGAAGCCCAAGAAGAUCGACAACCUGUACGACCCCAAGGAGGUGGAGGACCGCUACACGCGCCUGGUCAUCCUGCGGGGCAUCACGGGCAUCGGCAAGACCACGGCCAUGCAGCGCUUCAUCCUGGACUGGUGCAACGACAAGACCCAUGAGGAGAUCUUCUUCAUCUUCCCGCUGUCGGGACGCGACCUGAUUGGUCGGCUGGACGAGGAGAUCACCUGGAGGGAGCUGCUGGCCGAGUUCUACCCCAGCUCCACUCAGCUCGCGAAGCUCGAGUUCGAUGACUGCAGGGUUAUGUACAUCUUCGACGACACAGACGAGAUGAUGCAAGAGCUGGACUUUGUCCACACCUUCUGCUUCGUGGACCAGGACACCAAGAUCAAAUUGCGCAAGAUGAUCAUCAACCUGGUGCGGGGCAACCUGCAGUGCCAUGCCUUCGUCAUGAUGAUCACGCCGCCCAUCGCCUCCUGCAGGAUCCCCAACGACAAGAUACACCAGGUGUGCGAGAUUCGCGGCUUCUCCGACGAAGACCGCUACAACUACUUCCGGAACCGGUACCGCACGGAGCCCGCCAUCGCCGAGCGCUUUGUGACCUACCUGAAAGCCAACCCCAUGGUGUUCAUCAUGUGCUACCACCCGCUCUUCUGCUGGGUGUUGUCCCAGGCCAUGGAGAAGGUCUUCCGGAAGUUUCCACCGGGCAAGGAGCCGCCGAGCACUCUGACGGAGGUCUACUGCCACCUGUUGAAGGUGUGCCUGAACAAGCGCGAGGACAAGCGGCGGGUGCAGGAGCCCGGCGUGAAGGACAAGAGCUGGGAGGAUGAGAAGACGAUGGUCAUGAAGCUGGGCAAAUGGGCGUUCACCAUGCUGGAGAAGGAGGACUUUGAGGCUGAGACGGCCAAGUGGAAGGACGAGGAGUGCCACGGCAAGGAGGCCAUACUGCGCUCGGGCAUAUGCACCGAGUACUGGCGGCAGGCCUUCAUCCUGUACAACGAGAAGUGGCGCGCCUUCAUCAAUCCCUCUGUGCAGGAGUUCAUGGCGGCCCUCUACAUCAUGCUCAACUUCAAGAACCACAGCAAGAACCUGCUGGACACCAGCAAGAUGUCCAUGAUCAAGAUUGGGAGCGUAAGCCUGGCCGAGUUGUACAAGUGUGCCGUGGACAGGAUGGCGAACUCCAAGGCCGAGUUGCCCUGCCACUGGGACCUUUUCACACGUUUCCUGGUAGGCUUGGGCUCCGAGUACAACCAGAGGACCCUGGAUAGGCUUUUCAAUAACGUGGGUUUCAAGGCCUCCCAUGUGGAGGACGCUGCCAAGGCCAUUAAGAAAAAGAUGAAGGAAUAUCCCGACCAUCAGCAGGGCCUGGAGAAGUGCUUGCAGGAACUUCACCCGGCUGGACAAAAGUGUGACUCAUCAAAAAAGAAAUAACAUUAAUGCUGCGACACUCCGUUAGGGUGUUCAGGAAAGGAGUAACCUCUAUGAGUUUCCAAAUAUGCACUGUGAUCUUACAUUCACGCAUGCCUUACAUAUUGUUUAGAAGGGAGCUUUGCAUUGUUUUUGGGUUUUAUAGGGGUUAUGGAAGGGAAUGUUUUUUGCCUAACAUUGUGACCCAGCGAUUAAUUUAUGGUGCUUAAUUUCAG